AUGGCUACUAAUUCUUCAUUCGCACAUCUAAGUACCAGCGGAAGAGUAAAUCUAGGCAUUGUACGAGAUGCUUCUCGUAGAGAGUUAAGCGAAUGCUUAAGGCAAUGUCCUGGUUCAAAGACAGUUGUCUGGGAUGAAUAUCUCUUUGAUCCACUAGAUUUGGUUGCCGAAUUUUCACUAUUACAGGAAUUAGAAGUGCGCAAAAUGUUCCCUUUGGCGCCUGGACGUUUGCCACCUCAUGAUCAACAAAAUAUUAUCUUUUUCACUCGACCCAAGUUAUCCUUAAUGAAGUGGGUUGCUGAAAAUGUUGCUAGUGAAAUGAAGAAAUCAAGAACUAAGUACGAUGUCAAAUUUAGCCUGUUUUUUGUUCCGAGAAAGAGUUUGUUAUGUGAAGAUAAAUUAAAGGAGCUAGAAGUUUUUGCAGACUUCGAGGUCAUCGGAGAAUUCAAUUUACUCCUUCUGCUAUUUGAUUACGAUUUAAUGUCUCUUGAGUUGGAAUUAGCCUUCCGUGAGUGUCAUUUGGAGGAGGAUUACUCAUCUUUAUAUUAUGUGGCGAGAUCGCUGAUGAUCUUACAAACAAUUUUCGGUACAAUCCCUAAAAUAAUUUAUAAGGGUAACUGCGGAAAACGUGUAGCAAAUAUGAUUGUUCGAAUGAGAAAAGAAACAAGUGGACCAGAUGAUCAAACAAAAUCUCAAAUCAGUCGUCUAAUUUUGGUUGAUCGAACAGUAGAUCUUAUUACACCAGUAUUAUCGCAGUUAACAUAUGAAGGAUUGAUUGAUGAGCAUGUUGGAUUAAAGUGUACAAAAUUUCCUGGAGAAUUACUGAAACAACGGGAUCAUGGUUCUGCUAAUCCUGAGGAAGAUACUCAAUCAGCAGCAAUUCGUCAAACCGUGAGGCUUAAUUCUGGAGAUAAUCUAUACGCUGAAAUUCGCGAUUUAAACUUUCAAGCAGUGCCGCCAAUAUUGAGUAGGCAGGCCAAAAAGAUUAGCGCAGCUUAUGCCGAACGACAUGAUGCAGUAAGUGUUAACCAAAUUAAACAAUUUGUGACUAAACUGCCUUCGAUUCAAGCGGCUAAAAAGUCAUUAGCCAAUCAUACCACAAUUGCAGAAAUGUUAAAAAAAAUCACAGAUGAUUCAGCAUUUCGAGACAAGUUACAAUUUGAACAAGAAAUGAUUGCUACUGUCGAUAUUGAUAAAAUAAACAUGUAUAUUGAAGAACUUUUAGCGACUGGUCAGCCAAUUACAAAGGUCUUACGUUUGAUUUGCUUACAAUCUCUCGUAAGUAAUGGACUAAAGCCCAAACUGUUCGAGUUUUAUUGUAAAGAAAUCUUACAGGCUUACGGCUAUGAGUACCUACCCACACUUAUUAAUUUGGAAAAAGUUGGUUUACUUACAACUCAGCAACCGAAAAUUUUUUCUUCCAUUCGUAAGGCGUUGCGACUGUUAGUCGAUGACAUAAACGAACAACAACCGACUGAUAUUUCAUUUGCCUAUUCUGGAUAUGCCCCUCUAUCUGUGAGGCUUGCUCAAUAUUUUACUGAGGAUAAACAGUCUUGGAAAGGAGUAGAAGAGGUCCUUAAAACUAUUCCUGGAGAAUUCAGCGAAAUUGCUCAGCAAAUUCCUGGUGGUUUGUCAGAUAAAGGUAUGGAGAAAAAUGAUACCACUUUAGUGUUUUUUAUUGGAGGAUGCACUUAUGCAGAAAUUGCGGCAUUGCGAUUUUUGUCAAAGCAAGAGGAAGGCAACGAUUUCAUUAUCGCGACUACCAAACUUCUAAACGGAACUAGCUUAUUGGAAACACUAAUAGACGAUAUGUCUAAGGCUGCAGCAAAAUCUAACUAG